UUUGCCUUUGGGGAAUCCAAUAUAUACCAACUUAAAAUGCCGAGACUGAGCUGCUGCCCAAACCUGUCGCGCUGUUCUGUUUCCAUCUUCAGUUGAAAGGUGUGAGGCCAAACAAACGCCAACAUGUCAGAGAAAAAGAUGUCGUCGAGUCGCAAGCAUCAUCUGAAGAGUUUGAUGCUGUCCAUCGCCAAAGGUUUACUGGAGGAGGAGGAGAAGGAGCGAGAGGUGGAGAGGAGGAGGUACAUGGCUGAGAACUGCCCCCCUCCGUCCAUGCCCAGGAGCAUGCAGGAGCUGCAGGAGCUGUGCAGAGAGAUCCACCACAAGAUCGACGUGAUCGAUGAGGAGAGAUAUGACCUGGAGAUGAAAGUCAACAAGUCCAACAAGGAGAUCGACGACCUGAAGAUCAAAGUUCAGGACUUGAUGGGCAAAUUCAAGAAGCCCGUCCUGAGGAAAGUACGAAUGUCGGCUGACGCCAUGCUGAAAGCUCUGCUGGGCUCCAAACAUACGGUCAACCUGGACCUGAGGGCCAACCUGAAGCAGGUCAAGAAGGAGGUGAAAGAGGAGGAUAAGGAACUGCGUGACGUCGGUGACUGGCGUAAAAACAUUGAAGACAAAUCUGGUAUGGACGGGAGAAAGAAGAUGUUUGAGGCCGAGGCUUAAAUCAGUGUCUCAUCAAAACUGGCCUAUUUAUAGUCUCGGUUUUUCAAUGACAUGGUUUGGACGAACAUUUAACAUUUAAAUAGCACAAAUGCAUUUUUCUGAAACACGAUACAACCUGUAGAAACUUUGAUCGAAUAAACAAGCAACACCUGCUGAA